GGGGCUGCCGAGCCGCCACACGGGCAGCCGGGCUGGCAAGGGCCGCCUCAGCGGGAGCGGGGCUGCCGGGCCGCCCUGCGGGGACCGGCCGGGGAGGGGCGGCCCCACGGGGUGCGGGGCGGGAGCGGCCCCGCUCAGGUUUGUGGGUGCCGGCCGCCCCGAGGGCCCGCCCUCGCCGCUCCGGGCCUGCGGCCGUACCCGCCGCCGGGGGGAGGCGGACCCCGGGCAGCCCCGUCGGUCGCGUCACGCAGGGCCGGGGCUCGGAGGCGGCCCGGGGCCGGUGAUGGGCGUCUGCCGGGCGCGCGGCCGCUGCGGCGUGAGGCGGUGUGUGCGGCGGGGCCCGGCCCGGUGUCACCGGGCAGCGCGUGCUUGUCGGUGCCCUCCUGCCGGUCGCGCGUGGUCCAGCUCCCUCUCCACGCUGUCGUAGCCGAAAAUAAGAAAUGCCUUCAUUUUCUUCUCUGCGUGAAGAAAACGGUGCGGGUCCAUCCCUUUGCAUAGUGACAUGUCUUCGUGUGCGUUACCAGAAUUCUAGUUUCCUCAUAUGAACAAACCUACUGCCUGGAUUCGUACCGCACAUCUGGUACACCUGUGUGUGACCAACACUCGUCUGUCUUUAACUUCCAUGCAUCAGAAAUGCUGUAUUCGCGCUGUCGUUCCUUUAACAUACACAUAGAGGAGUAUGUCGUAACAUUCUGAGGUUGGUAAGAUCGUGAAGGAAAAAGUACAAGAAGUAGGGCUGUAGCUUAAACCUUUUCCUGAUGUUUAAGGAUAUUCCCUGUAAUUCCCUUUCAGUUCGUCUCUCACAUAUAUGUCGUUAAAGCUAAAUACUGCCUUGCAUUUCUUGAUUGUUCAAAUGAGCAAGUUUUGUGCCAUUCGGGCAUAAUGUACUAAGCUGUAAACUAACUCUGUAAUAAACCUGCUAUUUGACAGGCUAAAUUACGUGCUAGGGAUUGUUUUAGAUGGCAAGAAGAAAGUGGCCCUCUUAGAGCUUUCUUGGAUGUAGUUCCCUUUUCAUGGUCUGGGGUGGAGGGAGUAAAAACCAGACAAAACCGAAACCAUCCAUGCAGUUUGUAUUUUGUGUACAUGGAGAGAGGAGGAGCGAAGCAAUGGCGAUGCGUGAGGGUCGCAGCUGGUGCUGUUACAUGGAACAGAGUAUGGAUGUAUUGUCAAGAGGUCUCCAUAAACACUAUUAACUGCCCUUCUGGGACAAGACCUACUAUAACUGAAUAAUUAAAUAGUUAGGUUUGUUUUUUCUGUUAGUUUAGACACGGAAGCAGAGCAAUGACGUGCCAACUUUUGUGUUUGGUAUGUUUUAAGGUAUGCUGUCGUUUGCUUACAUGUUUCUGAUGAGUUUUUUGCAGAGCAGUAUAGGUUUUUUGAGUGUUUGUGGGGUUUUUUGUUAAAUAAUAAUUUUUGUUAAAUAAAUAAUUUUGUUAAAUAAUAAAUGAGGCCCUUUCUGUGACUGUUACUUGGGCAGUUGGGAAAUUCGGAACCCGUUCCUCACUGGCUUGUCUUCUCUGUAUAUAAAAGCAAUUAAAAGGUGGAACAGAGAUCAAUGAAGUGCUGUUUCAUUCCUUGAAAACAAUAUAAAACCUUACCACAAAAGCAAAACAGUGAGGUAGAGUACUGUAUAUGGGACAGUAUCUAGUUUUAACUAGAUUUCGUUACUCAGAAAAGCAAUUAAAAUGGCUUCUUUUUAAUUUCAAAUUGAUAUUUUUUUAAAGUCAAUUGUUACUGUCUUAUUCAUUCAGCUCGAGUUUAGCGGAGACUGAGGACUGUAGGUUCAUAUGGAAUAUCAUAUCUGCUUUUUUUUAAAGCAAUAAUUUCUUGUGUAUUAAAGUUAUAUUUAAGACGCUUCCAUAAGAAAAGACUAGAUGAAGGAUUAUGUUUCACUCUAAGACCUGGUAGAUAGUGUGCUUUGGAAAUGGUUGUCAGUGUAACUACACAUUUAUCAAAGCAAGCUAAGAUGUGAGGGGAGAAAGAAGUGUGUAAUUCUCCUCCAGGCAAAACACCUCUUCAAGUUUUUUAUGCCACUGCAAUUGUUUGUAUUAGCGAUUACAUGCUUAUAAAGAAAUCUGACAAAAAUAUGCCUCACCAGUAUUACUGUACUAAUGUACAGUAGUUUUCCAUACAGAUCUUGACUGAACCUUACAUGUGGAUAUGUACGUUUGCGUCAGGGGUUAUUCUGGAGAUGUUACUACAGGAAAUUGUUAUGGUAUUCUGCUAUUCUGAUGAGAGUUGUAUGUCUCAAUGGUAAAUUUCUUCAAGAAAGAGAAGUGUCCUAGGUGUUCGUAUCAGUUUGGGAAAUCUCUCUAAAUAAGUUGGUGUCAAAAUGCAAAGCAUGAAAAGACUGUGUGUGAGUGCAAAACCAGAAAACUGCUAAAUUGUGAGGGAACUAAGAUAGCGGGUUGUAUUCUUGCUCCCAGUUCUUAAUCCUGCUUUAUGGACAAAAUGUUCAGUGCUGUAAAUGGAGAUAUGAGGAAUACAUGCUUUCUGUGUGUCAACUGGGAUUUCAGGUUUUUUUUCUGCUGGAACGUUUUGCCAGCAUGCUCACCCCAGCUGGGUGGAGGAGAGGUAAGAAACUCUGCUUUUCUGGGCUGAAACACUGGAACAAGUGAGCGUGCUCACCUGCCAGCUAGUAAUGCUUCAUCUCCAUGCAUUUAGCGUGUGACAGGUGAGAGGGAGCUGGGUUUACCUCUCUGAUUUGCCUUGCAUUUGUCACAGGCUAAGCAGGGGUACUGUGGAUUAGCAGCUGUGUUGUACCUUUUGCCUCCAUGGCAGCUUGUGUUUGUGCCCUCAGCUAGGACAGUGGCUGUUAUCAUUAGUUACUAUGGUGUUUGAUGUUAGUGCUGGGCAUAGAGAGAAGAAAAAGUGAUCCUUUGGGCCUUAACUGAGGUGUAGAGAUGCCGAAACAGAGAGACUGCUGGAGGAAAAAGUACUAUUUCAAACAGCUGUGUAAAGCAAAUCCUUUCUAGCUCACAGCUUGGCACAAGUGCCAGACUGUGCUUGCCACUUACAGGGCUCCUGCUUUAAACUGUUACCUGUAGUGAAAACUUCGUUGUGCUUCAUUCAGAAAUAGCCCGUAGAUAUUUCUUUAAACUGGGAGAAUCCGCUUUUAAAGGUAAGCUGCUUCGUGACAGCAGUGUUUUUGCUGUUUGGUUGGUGCAGGUUGGUCUGUGUAAAACUUGGAAACCUUGUUAUAAAACAUAACUGCUCUCUGAGGACAUCCUUGGAGGAUUCUUUUCCAGUGCUGAGUGUUUACUUACUGCCUAGAUGUUACAAUGGGCAGACUUGAAAAAAGUGUCAAGAAACCCCACACCUACGUUAACAUGGAACUAAGCAGUGUGAUUUAAAACAGGGUGAGGAAGGCUGCUUCAGAACUGAACUUAGAUCUUAAAAAAAAUAAAGGAUUGUGAAGGUUAUUUGUAUGAAGUUGAUAUAUAUGGAACUAAACUAGAUUCUGCUGAUGAUAUUUUACCUGUGCUUUUAAUAAUUCGGAGGGCCAGAUGAUACAAUUCAGUGGUUUCAGUGUGAGCUUCUGAUUAAGUAGGGAUGUUAGAGGAUUCAAAGUAUCUGCCGUGAGCACAGCAGCUAUUUCCAAAUGCCAGUUUUACUAAACUGUUAUAACUUGAGAGAUGAAGGGAGAAAGCAAGUAACUGCUCAAUUAGAUACUGACACUUAACAUAAAAUUGGCUCAUAUCAGCCAGAAAGUCAUGAUGGCAGAAGGAUUACUCUGCAGUGUCCAGUCAUUUCACCAUCUGUAACAUGUAAGGUAUUUACCUAAAUGGUAUCAUCAGUAAUGAAAACAUUUUGAAAAUCUGUAUUUCUGCAAUCUUAUUUAAACUGAGUAGGCAAAAGGAUAGAUUUGUUUAAAAAAUGGCAGUGAAUGUCAUUAGGGUGUAAAUCAAUUGAACCGAUGUCCUGAACACCGCUACCCGCUGUAGUGGAUCGGGCUGUGGUGUGCCUCUCACUUGUUUGUUCCCAUCUUCUCUCGCUUCAGUAUUCAGGGAGUUUUUACCAUUGGAUACCUUUGUUUCUUAAAACCUAGAGUGGGAACAAAAGAACAGAGAAUAAAGAAGCAUCUGAGCUUCCUGUAUUAUUACUUUGAUCAGCAGAGAAGCACUGGGUGAUGUUAGCAUAUAAAUAAAUGAAAGGCUGAAUUCAAUGGCUGAGCUAUUUUUUAUUCAGUUUGCCUGUGUAACACUUAUUAAAUUUGUUUUGGGUGGUGUUAGUACAUUUAAGAAUAUUGUUCAGCUCUUCUGUGUUUGUUUAUUUGGUAGGCAGGAUACGGAUGAGUAACUGUUUCUUAGGAUGAGAGUAAUUAAAUUUGUGUGUACAGGAGCUUUGUGGGUCAAUUAAAAUAGGAAGACAAGCAAAAAAAGAAUGUCUGUUUUGAAUGCUGAAAUGUAGGGUACUUACAGUAUGUCAGCACAAGGAGGUCUUUAUUAAAUGCUGAAAUGUAAGGCUUCCUGAUCUGGGAAGUAAUAUUUAGGAACGUAGGUAUCUGAAAAAAAUAUGGCCAAUACAGGUACUUAGCAUGUGUGUGCACAUUCUAAAUUGUUUUAAGCUUUUAUAAGUGAAAACACAGCUAAGUGUACACAACAAGGAAAUUUAAUGUUAAAACAUGGAAUGAAAGCUACUCUUUACAGUUACCAGCAGUCAUUGCAGACAGAGGGUGUUAGCACUUGCUUUUUAUACUGGUCUGGGAACUCUGUGCAGCAGCAGUGAGCCACUCCUGAGAAAAUGGCUUAGUUUUCUAAUUACUAAACACAUCUGAUAGCAUCUUCUUUUCAUAGGGUCAUUUAUAUCUUGCGAGCAAAGAAAUAAUCUUCUGGUUCUCUCCGAGGCCACGUGAGCAUGGAGCCAGAUGAGCACUGCUGCCUGAGCAGAGCAGAGGCACUCAUCCAGCCUGGCGGGUCCAUGUGGACCAGCACUUGGGCAAGUGCGUCUGGGCAGCUAGAAAAGCAUCCAGUUACUCAUUUUAGAUCAGGAACAUGAUUGUAUUUGUUUUGCCUCCAGCCUGUUUGCUGUCCUGCAAUUAAAAACUUGACCUCAAAUCUAUCUUAAUUCUUUCCUGUUAUUCUGCUGUGAAGCUUGUAUAGUUUUGUGAGGGCAAGGCUCGCUGGGGCAAAAGAGUGUGUUUGGCGUGCUGGCUUCUGCAGAGUGGGUGAAUCCCAGUAAAAUCCUGUGUGCUUUGUGCCCACUGGGGCACAUUUCUUUCCCACGAUGCCUCUAGGACAGGCCAUGCCACUAGGAGUUGGGUUUUGGGAGGGAGGUUUUCUGCAAAGAGCAAACAAGUAAAAGAUGCCUUGUGGUUCUGAGUAAAAUCAUUAAACAGUGGUUGCACGUGACAGUUUGGGUGGGAAAGUCGCAUAAUGCCAUGUUAACCCAACACGUUCUGUCGUUGACAGAUACAUUUUGAAAUUGCGUGAUAAAAGGGAUCACCUUGUGUCUUCUGGUAUGGUACUAGGGAUUGAAUCUUGCUCCUGUAAUAUGUGUUUGUCAUUAUUAAGGGUGAUCUGAAGGGAAACCACUUUCACCUUCGUGGUAUCCUUUUCUGAAUGAUUUCUUCAACCAGACACAAAAGUUUCAUGUUUUCUCUUGUUUUCUAACCUCUUUGCUUUCUUCACAGCCCUGUCUCUUGGCAGACGGUUUUUGAUUUUAGGAUGGGUUGUUUGUUUUUUUCCAGAUGGCUGUUAAGCAAUGUGACAUAUCCAGAUGAAAGUUUCAUGGAAAACAUGAAUCUUAAUACACUUACCAUAGGGAAAGCUUUCAGGUGCUUUGUUCUGUCUGUUAACUUCUGCUGGAAGUGGGUAUUUGCUGCGUGUUCAGAGGCACCUGUGCAUGAGGAGAAGUUUGUUCUAUGGCCUCAGAGCUGGGUGCCAGGGAGGAUGGCAGCUGCUCGGAGCUGGCAAAACCCCUUUAUCUGCAAUAUCUGGAGAAAGCUCUGCAACUGGAUCAGUUUUUACGACAGACAUCUGCCAUUUUUAACAGGAGUAUAUCCAGUGAUGAAAGUGAAGAUGGAUUGGAUGACAAUCCUUUGCUGCCUCAGUCUGGGGAUCCCCUGAUGCAAGUUAAGGAAGAGCCUCCAAACUCUUUGCUUGGGGAGUCUUCUGGAGCAGGGAAUUCCGGGAUGCUGAACACACAUUCCCUGAAUGGAGUACUGCAGCCAGAACCAAAGUCUGAAAAAGGGAGCUUGUAUAACUUUUCCAAACUGAAGAAAAGCAGAAAGUGGCUGAAGAGUAUCCUUCUGAGUGAUGACUCCAGUGACACAGAUUCACCAAGUGAUGAGGACGGAGAGGAGGACGAAUUUUCCCUUUCAAGGGAGGAACUUCACAAUAUGCUGCGAUUACACAAAUAUAAGAAACUGCAUCAAAGCAAAUACAGCAAAGACAAAGAGUUGCAGCAAUAUCAAUACUACAGUGCAGGACUGCUGUCAACGCAUGAUCCUUACUACGAGCAGCAGCGCCACCUGCUAGGGCCCAAGAAAAAGAAGUUUAAAGAAGAGAAAAAAUUAAAAGGCAAGUUGAAAAAAGUAAAGAAAAAGAGGAGACGGGAUGAAGAACUCUCUUCAGAGGAGUCACCACGACGCCAUCAUCACCAGACCAAAGUUUUUGCCAAGUUUUCUCAUGAUACACCACCACCUGGGUCCAAGAAAAAGCAUUUGACUAUCGAGCAACUUAAUGCACGUCGGCGGAAGGUGUGGCUCAGCAUUGUUAAAAAGGAGUUGCCAAAGGCAUACAAACAAAAAGCCUCAGCCCGCAACCUUUUCCUAACCAACAGCAAAAAGCUUGCCCAUCAGUGCAUGAGGGAGGUACGUCGAGCUGCUCUCCAGGCCCAGAAAAACUGUAAGGAAACGCUACCACGGGCACGUCGUCUUACCAAGGAGAUGCUUCUCUAUUGGAAAAAGUAUGAAAAGGUGGAAAAAGAACAUCGCAAACGAGCUGAGAAAGAGGCUCUGGAGCAACGCAAGCUGGAUGAGGAGAUGAGAGAGGCUAAGAGACAGCAACGAAAACUUAACUUCCUGAUCACGCAAACUGAAUUAUAUGCCCAUUUUAUGAGUCGUAAACGAGAUAUUGGACAUGAUGGAAUACAGGAGGAAAUCCUACGCAAACUGGAAGACAGCUCUACCCAAAGGCAGAUUGAUAUUGGCGGAGGAGUAGUGGUCAACAUCACCCAAGAAGAUUAUGACAGUAACUAUUACAAGGCCCAAGCUCUGAAGAAUGCUGAGGAUGCUUACCAGAUUCAUCAGGCCCGGACCCGAUCAUUUGAUGAAGAUGCAAAGGAGAGUCGGGCAGCUGCUUUACGGGCUGCUAACAAGUCUGGUACUGGCUUUGGAGAGAGCUACAGUUUAGCAAAUCCAUCUAUCCGAGCGGGAGAAGAUAUUCCACAGCCUACCAUUUUUAAUGGAAAACUGAAGGGUUAUCAACUGAAAGGCAUGAAUUGGCUGGCCAACCUAUAUGAGCAGGGCAUCAAUGGAAUCCUGGCAGAUGAAAUGGGUCUGGGUAAAACAGUACAAAGUAUUGCUCUCCUUGCACAUCUGGCUGAGAGAGAGAACAUCUGGGGACCUUUUUUAAUAAUUUCACCUGCCUCUACUCUUAACAACUGGCACCAGGAGUUUGCCAGAUUUGUACCUAAGUUUAAGGUGCUACCUUACUGGGGAAAUCCCCAUGACAGAAAGGUGAUCAGGAAGUUCUGGAGUCAGAAGACGCUGUAUACUCAGGAUGCUCCUUUCCACGUGGUGAUUACCAGUUACCAGCUAGUAGUACAGGAUGUCAAGUAUUUCCAGCGAGUGAAGUGGCAGUAUAUGGUUCUGGAUGAAGCGCAAGCGCUCAAGAGCAGCUCCAGUGUUCGUUGGAAGAUUCUGCUACAGUUCCAGUGUCGGAACAGAUUGUUGUUGACUGGGACCCCAAUCCAGAACACAAUGGCUGAGCUUUGGGCCCUGCUGCAUUUCAUCAUGCCAACACUGUUUGAUUCCCAUGAAGAGUUCAAUGAGUGGUUUUCCAAGGACAUAGAGAGCCACGCAGAAAACAAAUCUGCCAUUGAUGAGAACCAGCUAUCCCGCUUGCACAUGAUCCUGAAGCCUUUCAUGUUGAGAAGAAUCAAGAAGGAUGUGGAAAAUGAGCUGUCAGAUAAGAUUGAAAUUCUAAUGUACUGCCAGCAGACAAGUCGACAGAAGCUGUUGUACCAAGCUCUGAAAAACAAAAUCUCCAUUGAUGACCUCCUGCAGUCCUCAAUGGGCACUACUCAGCAAGCACAGACCACCACUAGUAGUCUCAUGAAUCUAGUCAUGCAGUUCAGGAAGGUGUGCAAUCACCCAGAGCUGUUUGAGCGACAAGAAACUUGGUCUCCAUUUCACAUCUCCCUAAAGCCAUACCGGAUUUCAAAGUUCAUCUACUGUCAUGGACAGAUCAGGGUCUUUAACCACUCACGGGACAGGUGGUUACGGGUUUUACUUUCGCCAUUUGCACCAGACCACAUCCAGCAGUCUCUCUUCCAUAGGAAGGGCAUCAAUGAAGAAAGCUGUUUUUCUUUUCUCCGGUUUAUUGAUGUCUCUCCAGCGGAAAUGGCAAACCUCAUGAAUCAGGGACAUUUAGCCAGAUGGUUAGCGCUCUUCCUGUCUCUGAAAGCAUCCUACAGGCUCCAUCACAUGCGCUUCUGGAUGGAGGCUGAAGGGGAGAAACAGCAGGGGUCACGUUUUCUGAGGAACAGGGAUUUCUUGCUUGAUGUAAAUUUCCCGCUGUCUUUCCCUAACUUGCACAGCUGCACUUUGCUGCAGAACCUUGUGUUCAGCAGCCACUGUAAAGCAGUUACUGGCUAUUCGGAUCAUGUCAUACAUCGAAGGAGAUCAGCUACCUCAUGUGUACGAUGCUGCCAGGUGACUGAGCUGCCGUCCUUCCUGUGCAUAGCCAGUCCACGGGUAACAGCUGUGCCGCUGGAGUUCUACUGCAAUGACCGAAGCGCAGAAUACGAGCGCAGGGCACUGAAGGAAGGAGGGAGUCUGGAAGCAAAGCAGUGUGUGCUCCAUGGAGCCCCUGAGCUAGCAGCGGACUGGCUGAAGCAAUGCUCCCGGUUCUUCCCAGAGUAUCCAGGAGGGCUGCUGGGGAUCAGGCCUCAGAACGGCUGGUCUUUCAUCAGGAUACCAGACAAAGAGAGUCUGAUCACUGACAGUGGAAAACUUCAUGCCCUAGAUCUUUUGUUGACGCGGCUGAAAUCUCAAGGACACAGAGUUCUCAUCUACUCCCAGAUGACACGAAUGAUUGACUUACUGGAGGAAUAUAUGGUUUAUAGGAAACAUACCUACAUGAGACUGGAUGGUUCUUCGAAGAUUUCUGAACGAAGGGACAUGGUAGCAGAUUUUCAGAACAGGAAUGAUAUUUUUGUGUUCCUGUUAAGCACAAGAGCUGGAGGCUUGGGCAUUAAUCUUACAGCUGCAGAUACGGUAAUCUUCUAUGACAGUGAUUGGAACCCAACAGUGGACCAGCAAGCAAUGGACCGCGCGCACAGGCUGGGGCAGACGAAGCAAGUCACCGUGUACCGGUUGAUAUGCAAAGGCACCAUUGAGGAGCGCAUCUUACAGAGGGCUAAGGAAAAGAGUGAGAUCCAACGAAUGGUGAUUUCAGGUGGCAAUUUCAAACCUGACACCUUGAAGCCAAAAGAGGUGGUCAGCCUUCUGCUGGAUGAUGAAGAACUAGAAAAGAAAUUGCGUCAGCGUCAAGAAGAGAAGCGACAGCAAGAAGAAACAAAUCGUGUGAAGGAACGUAAACGUAAAAGGGAAAAAUACGCCGAAAAGAAGAAGAAGGAAGAUGAAUUGGAUGGGAAGAGAAAGAAAGAGGGCAUGAACCUUGUGAUCCCGUUUGUUCCAUCAGCUGAUAACUCGAACCUGUCUGCUGAUGGGGAUGACUCCUUCAUCAGUGUGGACUCUGCCAUGCCCAGCCCUUUCAGUGAGAUAUCCAUCAGCAGCGAGUUACACAUGGGCUCUAUCCCUCCCGACGAGAGCAGUAGCGAUAUGCUUGUGAUUGUGGAUGACCUGGCUUCUUCGGCACCUCAGUCAAGGGCGACAAACUCUCCCGCUUCCAUUACUGGCUCAGUUUCGGAUACCGUCAAUGGUGUUUCAAUGCAAGAUACACCUCUCACUGGGAGAGGCCAGUCAGGUCGAAGCCGGGGCCGUCCUAAAGGUUCGGGCAGCGGAUCCAAAGGCGGCACUGGGAAAGGCCGAAGCAGGAAAUCGAUAGCGGGCAGCGCCGCGGCAAUGGCAGGUGCCAAAGCAGGAGCAGCGGCAGCCUCCGCGGCGGCAUACGCAGCCUACGGGUACAAUGUCUCGAAAGGCAUGUCUGCAAGUAGCCCUCUACAGACAGCAAUUAUUCGGCCUUCUGGACUUGCAGAUUUUGGACCUUCAAGCGCCUCUUCUCCCUUGAGCUCCCCUUUGAGCAAAGGAAACAGUGUUUGUGGGACCCCCAAAAGCUUAAACCUGACCAGCAGUCUCAUAUCAGAAGCUCCAAUUCGGAAGCAAAGCAAAGGUGCCCACGCCUCCGGUGGUCGGUAGUAAUUUUGAACCCCCAAAGCUUGUUGGAACUGUGUUGGCUUUCAGAGUAGACCACCCUGGCAGCUGCAGGCAUGCAGAGGAAUGCCUUGUUGCUGUCCAGCAUGUGUGUGAAAAGAAAAUCAAAGCACAAUGGGAGUGGGUGGUUUAUGUGAGCACUUUGAUUAUGUGUAUUCCAAAAAACUAUCAUUGCAGACGCUGCGAGAGGGAGGGAAGGGGCUCUGGGGUAACUGGGAGAGUAAGUAUCAGCUGGUGUUUUGUUGACGCAUCUGGCAAAGAUUCCUGCAAAAGCGUCCAGCUACUCCAUGCAGUACCCUUGAGCUGGAUGUGCUUGAAGUCACACCAGUAUACUUUCUCUCUCGUAGCCUGAGGUGGAACCCAGCAUUUGUUUUAUCCUAUGAAAUCAGUAUCCAAACCCCAGGAGUGUCCUGGAGAGUCACAAGACAUUUCCGUACUGGCAGCUGGUCAAUGUACGUGCGGGGCUAACUGGGGGCUAACCCGAAGGUGAUGUGUGAUCAAAAAACCCCAUGUUCUUGGAUUCUUCUAGCGUAGGCCUCUGGGUUUGAAGUGCAAAGGAGGGUGUCUCGGGCGGUUUCCAGGGAAGGGACUCUCAGCAGUGUUUGUCAAGGAAGAGGUUCGGAGCCACAGAACACGGAGCGCGCCGGCAGGCCUGGGGAGAGCAGCCGCGCUGCCUCUGCUGCGCGCAGUGGAAGGAACCACAAGCCAGUGGUUCACUUUGCAUUUCACAGUUCUCUCACUUUUGAGGUGUGCAGAACUCCUAAAAGCUUAGGAACAAAAUAAGGCUCCAUUUGUUCAAACUGCAAAAGGGGGAAGGGGGAAGUGCCGAGGAAGAGUGUGCGGCUGCUCCUCUCGCUGUGCCAUAGCAGAGCGUGGCUCUGCAGCUUGCAGUGCUGCGAGGGGAGCAACAGAAAACUGUCCUGAGAGAGAAACUGUGCCAUUCCCCCUUCCAGCCAAACCCUGGGGAGAAAAUUGUCUCGUAUCCCAGCCAUCCACUGACUGUUCUUCCAGCGUGCUUUCCCUUCAUCUUUGUGAUCAUCACACGUACUGGCUUGGUUGAGUUCACUGCCGUGUGUGGGUACCAGUGGCCACGUCCCAUGGGGCUGAUGGAGGCAGCGCUGCCGGUGCCCGUCUGUGUCCUCAUUCCCUGGUUGCUCCUUCCCUGUCCUCAAUGCACAAACCCCGCCGUAGCCCCUUGCUUUGCUGUAAGCGUUGUCUGCAUUGCACUGAGAUUUAGAUGUGGGGCAGCUCUUCUGCCUGACACACUGAAUUAUAAAAGGCUGUUCUGCCGGGGCACUUUCAUCCCUUGAGAGAGAAGCAAGUCGGGUUGCAGGUCUGGGCUCUGACAGCAGAAGAUGACUUUUUUUAUUAUUAUAAUUUUUUUUUCCAACCCCAAAUCCUUUGCCUGGCGUCCUACAGUGUGGAGCGAGUGCUUCCUGUUGGCUCUGCCUCUAAUUUGCACACCUGAAAAUAGCAGAACUGAGCUUAGUUAGAUUGAUUUUUAAACAGAUUUGCAGGGGAUAAUUGAGGGGGAGGUGUUGUUUAAUUAACUCAUGAAGACUUCCCCAUUCCCCUCCUAUUCACAUGUAUAUAUGAUAUUUAGAGGAAAUCAGACAAAUGCCAAGCUUUUUUUUCUCUUUGAAUGUGCUGUCUAUUUUUAUAACUGAACUGUACAUAUGUAUAAAGAGAGACACAUCUUUCUUUUACUAACUGGAGAAGAAAAUCUUAAAUAAAAUGGAGUGAGAUAAUUUUAUGUAAA